UGCAACCCUUGUGCUCGUUUCACUCCUCUUCCACAGGCGGCGGCGGCGGCAGGCAGGCAGGGACCGAACCCGGCGGCAUGGCGAUGCGGUUGGCGGCGGCGGCAUUUGUGCGGCGGAUGACACCGGCGCGCCCUCCCGUCCCCGUCCCGUUGGCGGCCGCUUCGGCGGAGGCGGAGGCGGUGACGUGCGGGCGCGGGGACAAGAAGACCAAGCGGGGGAAGCGGUUCAAGGGCUCCUACGGCAACGCGCGGCCGAAGCGGGAGAAGAAGAUCGAGCGCAUCAAGGACCGCGUCGAGGUGCCCCGUUCCACACCCUGGCCCCUCCCUUUCAAGCUUAUCUGAGCGCGGGCUUCCCCUCCCCUUUUCCUCGGCUCGCGAGGGUACUUCAGGUUUACUGCAACGGUUGCUGCCAUUUCUCCGUUUCCAGCUAGCUACAUUUUACUUGGUUGUUUCUCAUUGCGUGGUGUCAGAUAUGUACUAUCGAACUGCUGUGAUUCAACUUUGCCCAAUGCAAUCCUGAUGGGUGAAAUAUGUUUCUGUUUCAUCCUUCUGUCGGUGCAUGUGCUAUCUGGAUGCUGAUACUUGGAAAAUGAAUUUAUAGUUAUUGAUCGUUUAUU